AUGUCGAACCGCCGCAUGCCGCUGGCUAACCUGGGCAAUGCCACCAACUCCCCUCUGCGCGCGACUGCCGUGGGAGGGAAGCGCCAACGAUCCCACGCGAGCGAGCAGCGCGAUGUCUUUUACGGCCAGCCCGCACAGAAGAAGCAGAUCAUCGAGGUCGACGAUGCAGAGGCACGUCGUCACGGCCUCGUCCGCCGCACCGGUGCCCCUCAGACGGCCUUGACGAGGAAGCUCGAGGCCGCACGCGAGACCAAGAUGGCGCCCAAGCAGGCCCAGCGCACGCAGAAUGACCUCGACACGAUCCGCCAGUGGCAGAAGCACUACAAGCGCCUGUUCCCCCAGUUCGUCUUCUACUUCGACAGCGUGUCGGCUACCCAGAAGGACAAGAUCAUGAGCAGGGCUCAGAUUUUGGGUUCGCGCGAGAUCACCUUCUUCUCCAAGGAAGCCACCCACGUUGUCACGACGCGUCCCAUUCCUGCCGACAUCGACUCCAGCUCCUCGUCAAACGCCAAGGGUACCGUCAACCCCAGCCAGCUCGAGAACAAGCGGUCCGCCUUCGAUGCCGCGCUGCAAAAGUCGAGCUCCCGUGGAGAUGCCGUCCUGUAUAAGGCGAAAGAGCUGGGCAUGAAAAUCUGGUCCGUGGACAAGCUGCAACGCAUGAUCGAGACCAUGUUCAACAGGGAGACGGGCGAGGAUCCAGCCAGCGUCCAGACGCGUCAUGGUGCAGCCGCCGCCCAGCAAAAAGGACGUCCCGCCGACCUCCAGAGACUGCUACAGAACGAGAAGCUGGACCGCGACUACACCGUUGCCUCGCAGGAGCUUAUUCCGCUGCGAGGAUACUACGUCUACGUACAUGACAUGGACGAGUCCACGCGACCUGUGAUGAUCCGGGAGUAUCAAAAGGUGGAGAAAGAGAAGGGCAAGUGGCCGCAGUUCCGUGCUUCGGGUAACGGCAAAUGCCCAUUCGUGGAUGAUCCUCACUUUGGUCGCCGGCAACAACAAGAAGAGGAGGCUCGCCGUCAACAGAGGGCCGCAGCUGCGGCGGCACCACGCACGCGGGCUGCGUCUGCAAUGGAAGGCAAGCUUGCUUUGGGCGAGAACAACAACCUUGCGAGACGACCCAGCGCACCUGCUACCUUCGUCAAAGCCGAGGAUGAAGAUGCGAAACCCCUAGACCCUCCCAAGGGCGUUCCCACCAAGCGCGCCAGCACCGAUGGCGUACCUCCCAUGUUUGGCAGUGCUCAGGCAAACAUUCGAGCAAUGCCGCGUUUCAUUGCCGGUGAACCCAUUGCCUCUGGUCUCCAGGCUUCCAACAUCACCUCGGCCAUCCAAUCCCAGAUGAUAUCCUCUACCGCUGCGGCGCCCAGAGCUGGAAACAGCAAAGAAGUGAACGCCUUGAAGCGAAAGGUGCUCGAGAAGAAUAGUGUCCCUUCUGCCAAUACGAAUAGCGGUCACUCGUCAGCCAUGAACGAUGUCCGAGCUAUGCUCAACCAAGAGCACGUGCCACUGAUGCGCGCAGCCAAGCGCAAGGCACAAGAGACCCUUGGCCUUGGACAGGAAGACGAGGACACAGAGAAACAAGCACGCAAGGUGGCAGCUUUGCGUAGACGUAAGACUGUCGAGAAGGAGCUCAAGCCUGGCUACUGCGAGAACUGCAGGGAGAAGUUCAAUGACUUUGACGAGCAUGUUGUAUCACGCAAACAUCGCAAGUUCGCCAUGACCACCGAGAACUGGGUCGAGCUCGACCAGCUCCUUGCCCAGCUCGACCGUCAUUGAGCUUCACAACGAACACGCUGCAUUCCUAACGGCAUUGAUGCACGACCUAAUACACACGACACACCUUUUUCUUAAUUCCACGUUCAAUUCAUCCGAGCACUUCGGUGCAUUUACUCUGCGAGCGAAUACCCGUUAUACCGCAUUCUGGGCUCUACAGCAUUUCCGAGGCGCAUCUUCUUUUUUCUUUUGGCGGCAUAGCUCUGGGUACGAUACCCGUGGUGGCGGUACGAUUUCCGAUUUGGAGAGGGGAGUGGAGGUUGAUGAACGAUGCAUGUGUCAUUGUAUAUAUCUAUUGUGGUAGUAUGGCCAUUGCGGUCUUGUUUUGGUCAGUAACUGUUUGCAACGGCAAGCGGGCUGGCUCGUGUGUUGGAAAAAACUAGGGGUUGAAGUACAUGGAGGUUUGAAGGAUAUCCUCAGAAGACGUGGCAGUGGAAUGGAAGAAGAAGACCCGUAACACGAUGAAAGUCGAUAAUAUAUAUCCCUAUCGUAUCAGAUAUCUUUC